AUGAAGAUUUUGAGGAAGCAAGAUACAUCAACAGUCCUCAAGGAGGGUAUCAAAGACAACAAUACCAAGGUCAAGGACAACAAAAUCAAUGGAGGUCAAACCCGCAAGGGCAAGGAAACCAACAAUGACGAAAUGACCAAGGUGGCUCAAAUCAAGGAAAUUGGAACAACAACAACUUCUCAAACCGGAGUUCAAACCCUUACAUUUCUCCAAAAGGUCAAUAUUCAAAUUAAGGUUCCUCAAGUGAGUCUAAGUUGGAAGAUGCAAAUGAGAGACCUCUCUAGGGAACAAAAUCUAAAGCAAAAGGGAACACUCCCUAGUGAUACAAAUGCGAACCCAAGGGGUAGUGGGAGUGGCCCAACUUCUCAUGUCAUGGCAAUUACUACUCGGAGUGGGAAGGUACUACAAGGAGAGGGUGAACAAGUGGUUGAAGUAGAAGAGUCCGAAGAAAGGGUUGAGGUUGAAGAGCCAAGUGUUGUCGAAUUUGAGAAAAUGCAGGAAGCUUUGCAAGUACAACAAGAGAACCGAGAAGAGGUAAAGGAAAAGGUAAAAGAGACAUUAAAAACUCCUCCGCCUAUUCCUAGACCUCCUCCUCCAUUCCCUCAAAGACUCGCCAGGAAGGUUGAUGAUAGCAAACUCGAAAAGUUCUACAACAUUCUCAAGCAAUUAUCGAAGAAAACCACUAAAAAUGAAGUGGUAAAUGUGACUCACCGGGUUACUUCCAUCAUUGCAACAUCCACCGUUCAAAAGAAAGAAGACCCGGGAGCUUUCACCAUUCCUUGUACCAUCGGGGCACAUGAUUUUGCAAGAGCCCUUUGUAAUAAUGGAGCUAGCAUCAACUUGAUGCCUCUUGCCAUUUACAAGAAAGAAGGAUUAGGUAUGCCAAGGCCCACAAGUAUGAGAUUGCAAAUGGGCGAUCAUUCCAUCAAACGACCGGUGGGAAUUGUUGAUGAUGUUCUUGUGAAGGUGGGAAAAUUUCAUUUACCUGCCGACUUCGUAAUCCUUGAUUGUGUGGUUGACAAAAAGAUCCCUAUCAUCUUGGGGAGACCAUUCCUUGCCACUGGAAGAGCACUAAUGGUUUCAGAAUGGAAUGAGAUCAAAUUCCAUGUGAAUGAUGAAGAGGUUAUAUUCCAAGCAAGCAAGGGUAUGAAACUACCGCAUGAGUGUGAAAGCAUCUCGGUGAUCGAUAUUGUUGAUGAAGUAGAGGAUGCAGUUGAAAUGAAAAUGGAAGAACAAUGCCUCGGCGAGGCAUUGACGGCUAUUUUGGUGAACUUUGAUGGUGAAGAUAUGGAGGGGUACAUGGAAUCGGUAAAUGCAUUGGAGGGGCUUGGGUCCUACACUUAUGCUCCGGCAAAGCUCUCUCUCAACUUGGAGAAUAGAGCCACUCCUCCCACAAAGCCUUCUAUUAUUGAACCACCACAACUAGAGCUCAAACCACUUCCACCACACUUGAGGUAUGAAUUUCUUGGCUCAAAUGAUACUUUACCGGUAAUUGUUUCUUCUCUGUUGAAUGAUUUGCAGGUAGAACAAUUGUUGGAAGUCUUGAAGGAGCAUAGGCAAGCCAUUAGAUAG